UUUCAGUUUUUCCUCAAUAUUUUCUCGCAAGCCAAACACUGUUAAUAGUGUGCUUCAGGUUUCAUUUGCCACCAAAAUGCCGGAUGUUCAAACCCUUGUUAAUGAUUUUGUGAAUCAGCUUAAAAAACGUAAAAUUGAAGGUUCUCAAGCCACAGCAAAGCAGACAGCAGAGUUGCUCCGGUCUGUGAUUUCACAGCAGAGGGUGCCACACACAAACCAGGCUACAGCUCUUAUUAUUGCAGUAAGGGCUGUGGGGGAACAGCUUAUUGAUGCUAAUCCUGUUGAGCUGGCAGUGGGAAAUAUUGUGAGGCGUGUUUUGCACAUUAUAAGGGAGGAGGAUCUUUCACUCACGACAGCUGCUGUAGCUGGUUUGGGGCUAUCAGCUACAAGCGAUGAUGAAGAUGAUGUAGAGCGAGGUAAUCAUCCUGUUUUAUCUGCUGCAGCUGUUGCAGCUGCUGCAAGAAGCACCUUGCGUCCACCAUCAUUGCAAACUCUUCUAGAGGAUACACCUGAUUCGGCUGCUGUUCCGCACACAUCUUCCUCAGGGGGUGAAUCUGAAGGGAAAAGCAAACCUGUUGACAAAGGUUCAGGAGGUCGGAAGUUGAAGCAUGAUGUCAUUGAAGCAGUUAAUGAACUUAUUCAAGACAUAUCCACUUGCUAUGAACAAAUAGCUGAGCAAGCAGUAGAGCAUAUUCAUCAAAAUGAGGUAAUAUUAACACUAGGCAGUUCAAAGACAGUGUUGGAAUUUCUUUGUGCUGCUAAGGAAAAAAAGCGAUCAUUCAAGGUGGUUGUUGCUGAAGGUGCCCCAAGAUAUCAGGGACAAAUCCUUGCAAAAGAAUUGGCUGCUAGAGGCUUACAGACCACAGUAAUCACUGAUUCUGCAAUUUUUGCCAUGAUUUCCCGAGUGAACAUGGUUAUAGUUGGAGCUCAUGCUGUCAUGGCUAAUGGUGGAGUUAUUGCCCCAGUUGGGUUACAUAUGGUGGCACUUGCUGCUCAAAGGCAUGCUGUUCCUUUUGUUGUACUUGCUGGGAGUCACAAGUUGUGUCCUUUGUAUCCGCACAAUCCUGAAGUCCUACUGAAUGAGCUGAGGUCCCCAUCUGAGCUACUUGACUUUGGGGAGUUCUCAGAUUUGUUGGAUUCUUCGAGUGGCGCUGGUUCUCUUCAUGUUGUGAAUCCAGCAUUCGAUUAUGUGCCACCAAAGCUUGUUAGUCUGUUUAUUACUGACACAGGAGGGCAUAACCCGUCAUAUAUGUACCGGCUCAUAGCUGAUUACUACUCUGCUGAUGACUUGGUGGUGAAAGGAAGAACUACUACUACAGGGAAUUGAGUUCAGCUACUCUUAUUUUUGUCCUAUGACGGUUGUUUGUGAUCUCCUCAACGAUCAUUUGUGCAGAAGAAAACGAACCUCGUCUAAUGCUGGGGAUUGGGAUGGAGGAAUUAUAUACUGGGGAAAUGAUAUGGGAAAAUACCCAUUGAAACAAGGAAAAUUCCAUUUUUGUGGUUGCAUAACCAUCUUUUACUCGUUUUAAUUUUUGGUCCAUUUGUGGGCAAUCUAGGGUUUUUUUCCCCCACCUUAACUCUUUGUUUAGAUUGGAUCUUGGUUUAUAUAGAAAUUUCUUGUCUAGUUAUUUUGAUUUUGUUUCACAAAGUAGUUUUGACAGUAACAUUUUCUUCUUUGUUAUUUGAACAAAGCUAAAUCAUAGAUUUUU